AUUUUCGCAAUUGGACAUUUGCAAAUUCAAUUACAAAUUCAAAAAUUUUAACGAACGGCGUAGGCCUUUAUUGACAUUAAUCUGACAAGCGGAUGUCAAGGUUAUCUGACAGAUAGAACUAGGCCAUCCUGGACGAGGACAUAAUGGCAGAGAGGGAUAUCGUGGAACAGCUGCAGAAAUGCUCAGACUUGGUGAGCAGCAACCCAAACCUUCCCGGUGCCAUCAAGCGGCUGUUGGACCAGGCACUGGCUUUGGCGGAGGAGGUCCAUGCACCAGAGAAGUCCGUCAAAGACAUCUCACCUGAAGUCUCCUUGCUAAAGAUGGUUCUGCAGAUCUCCGGUGCCACCAGACUACUCAACCUCAGAGACGCACCCGAGGCCGUGACAGCAGCGCUGUCCGACAUGCUGCCGGCUGAUGGUGUUCUGGUCAUCCGCGGAGACGCCGACCAGAUGAAAAACAAUAUGAAACCUGAACAAGGGUCAGCGAAGGAAAUUCUUGACAAGUUGGCCUCGGAGUCCAAGGAGUUUAAUGUGAUCAUUCUGGACGAUGGGUCAGAGACGCUGAUCGAAGAUUUUGAGAUUGUUCUCAAGCGCCAUCUUCUGGCGUUGAAUGGAACCCUGUUAGUGAUGUUCGCCGGUGACACCUCGUCAGUUGCCUUUAGUGCUCACAUCACCGGCGACGAGCGGCUCGAACAGGUAAACUUGCCUAUUUCGGGUAAGGAAGUCAUGAUCAUCCGACGCCGGUCGCCCCUCGUUGAGAAAGAAACCACUGCUAUUUUGGAUGAUGUCUGCACAGGAGUUCAGAAACGAAACAUUCUUCAGAGAUUCCGUCUUGACGGAAAGGUGGCACUGGUCACAGGAUCCGGACAGGGGAUUGGUCGAGGGUACGCGCAUGCCCUGGGAGAGGCGGGUGCAAAAGUUGCAGUUGUGGACAUCUUCGAGGAGAGAGCCAAGCAUGUUUGUCACGAACUCCUAGAGAAGGGCAUCGAUGCUAUGUGGCUACAAACCGACGUCACGAAAGAGGACCAGGUCAAACUGAUGGUUGAGAGUGUGGUUGACCGCUGGGGAGCUCUACACAUUGCUUUCAAUAAUGCAGGAAUCGCACGCUCGAACCCUGCAGAAGAUCAUUCCAUGGAGGACUGGAACGCCGUGAUGGACGUCAACAUCAACAGCGUGUUCAUGUGCUGUAAGGCCGAGUACGCCAUCAUGGCUAAACAAGGUUACGGAAAGAUAGUCAACCAGGCCUCCAUGUGGAGUGUCAUCGUGCCCCGCCCCCAGAAGCUGGUGUCCUACAGCGUCUCAAAGAUAGCCGUCCUUGGACUGACCCGGACUCUGGCCGUGGAAUGGGCCGAAAAAGGCAUCCGAGUGAAUUGCAUUUCCCCUGGAUACGUCAAAACACCCAUGACCUGUUCCGAUCAACCACUCUUCGAACGUUGGGUGUCAGAAAUACCAGCAGGACGCAUGCAAGAAGUGACAGAUUUGCAAGGUGUUGCCGUCUAUCUCGCGUCAGAGGCGUCGGAUUACACCACUGGAGAAAAUGUGGUUGUUGACGGCGGGAAAUGCACUUUAUAAAAAAAACGUGCUAUUUCUUCAGUCUUUGGUGGUGUUCUCUUCCCGCACCUGGAGGGGGGUCACACAACGCUAGGUCUAACCCCACACGCGUUACUUUUUACAAUUAGGCUUCUUAUUUGUAACUUGAGUUUCCAAUGCUCGUCUGAACUUUUGAAACUUGCACACCCUUUUCCUUGGAUUGAGCUAACUUUUCUCUGAAAUACAUUAGCUGGACGUCAUACAUGCAUUAUAAUCUACUGACUUGGUCUAUAGCAUCUCACAAUUUUCUGGUAGACAUUCAAAGCUUUGUCUCUUCCACAACAGUCACCUGGGCCUACCGCCUGCCUUGGACUGAUCUAACAUCUCACUGUGCUCAGGACGACAUGCACACCACGGCUGAGCAAUCAACUGCUGUAGUGUAAUCCCUAUUGCCCCUUCAAGAGUCACCACCGUAUGGUGCGCCCACCUUCAUCUCAAGGGGUUGACUCUGUAAUGGCUUCUCGUAUCAAACUUGCAUUGUUUA